GCAGAUUUUUGCUCUCCACACAAAGGACACGGCAGCAUCAACAUGAGCGAAUCGCUGUAUGAUGAGUUCGGCAACUACAUUGGCCCUGAUCUCGACGACGAAGAUGACUCAGAAAGCGAGGAAUCCGACAAGCAGGAAGAUUCCGACAAGGACGAGGACUCGGACGAUGACGGCGACAGGCCCCAAUCGACGACCUACGAGGGCCAAUCUUCAACAGCUCUGCAAACGUACCGUGAGGAAGACCAUCGCAUUGUGUUGCAUGAAGACAAGCAGUACUACCCUGAUGCAGAAGAAGUGUUUGGGGACGCAGAAGUGCUAGUGAUGGAAGAAGAUGCUCAGGCGAUUGAAACACCACUGGUGGCCCCGGUCAAGGUCAAGGCGUUCUCGUCGCUGGAGAAAGAGACCGUGAAGACGACAUACUCGAACGAGUUCCUGGCGUCGCUGAUGGAUUAUCCGUCCAUGGUGCGCAACGUGUGUGUGAUUGGCAACUUGCAUGCAGGCAAGACGGUGUUCCUCGACUUGUUGAUUGAAUCGACCCACGUCAACAAGUGGAAAGAUCAACAGAAGGACUCGACCAAGCGCAUGAUGGCUGUGGAUCUCGAGAGGCGAUACACUGACACCCGCGCCGACGAGCAGGCUCGCAAGGUGAGCAUCAAGUCGACACCCGUGUCACUUGUGCUGCCGUCGUCUCGAGGCAAGUCGUACGUGAUGAACGUGCUCGACUGCCCCGGACACGUCAACUUUUCCGACGAAAGCACCGCCGCCAUGCAAGUGUCCGACGGUGUCAUCUUGAUGGUGGAUGUCGUGGAAGGGGUCAUGAUGCAUACGGAGAACCUGGUCAAAGCCGCGCUGCUAGCCAAGCUGCCGCUACUUCUGGUCGUGAACAAGGUGGACCGGCUGAUCAUCGAGCUCAAGCUACCGCCCCAGGACGCGUACUUUAAGCUCCUGCACACGAUCGAGGAGGUGAACCGCCUCGUCGAAGUGCACACGCCGCUGGGCGACAAGUUCAAGCGCCUGUCGCCCGAGUUGGGCAACGUCUUGUUUGCGUCGGCGCAGCACGGGUGGUGCUUUUCAUUGGAAUCGUUUUCCCUGCUGUACGCGCAACGCCAGCAUGGCAUCAACCCCGCCGAGCUGGCCAAACGGCUGUGGGGGGAUGUGUACUACUCCCCUGGCACGCGCACGUUCAAGUCCAAAGUGCCAUACGAAGGUGCCCAUCGGUCGUUUGUCCAGUUUAUUCUCGAACCUAUCUACAAGAUAUAUGCCCAAGUGUUGGGCGAAGAAGUUCAAGUGCUGACCAAGACUCUGCGGGGGCUGGGGCUCCGAGUGAGCCGCGAAGACCUUCAUUUGAAUCCCCGACCGCUGCUCAAGCUAGUGCUGUCGCAGUUUGUCGGCCGGUCCGCGAGUUCGUUUGUGGAUUUGGUGAGUAGAUUCAUUCCGUCGCCGUUGGAGACGGCGGAAGCCAAGGUCACGGCGCUGUACACGGAAAACGUCGACUCGAAAGUGGGAAAAGCCAUGCUCGCGUGCGAUCCCGCGGGGCCGCUCAUGAUCAACAUCGUGAAACUGUACUCGUCGUCGGACGGCACGUCGUUCAGCGCGUUUGGCCGCGUGUACUCGGGGUCUGUUUCGAGUGGCCAGCGCGUCAAGGUGCUCGGAGAGAGCUACAGCCCCGACGACGACGAGGACAUGGUGGUGCGCACGGUGGAGAGCGUGGGGAUCAGCCAGGGUCGGUACAAAGUCGACGUGAACCGCAUUGUCGCAGGCAACUGGGUCAUGCUCGACGGCGUGGACGGAAGCAUCACCAAGAGCGCGACCAUCACGGACGCGUCGGAGGAUCUGCUUGAGUCGGAUCGCGUGGGCAUCUUCCAGCCCAUUUCCAAGCGUUUUGGCACGAGCGCCGUGGUCAAGCUGGCCGUGGAGCCGCUGAACCCGUCCGAGUUGCCCAAGAUGCUCGAGGGACUGCGCAAGAUCAGCAAAAGCUAUCCGCUCGUAACGACCAAAGUCGAAGAGUCGGGGGAACACGUCAUCUUGUGCACGGGCGAGCUGGCCGCAGACUGCAUUUUGCACGAUCUACGGAAAAUGUACUCUGAAAUCGAAGUCAAAGUGGCUGACCCUGUGGCCUGCUUCAGUGAAACAGUGGUCGAAACCUCGUCUGUCCAGUGCUUUGCAGAAACCCCCAACCAAAAGAACAAGCUGACGAUGAUCGCCGAGCCACUGGACGUGGGAUUGGCCAAAGACAUUGAGUCGGGCGUGGUCAACUUGAACUGGGCCAAGAAAGACGUGGCCGAGUUCUUUCAAAACAAAUACCAGUGGGAUGUGCUGGCUGCGAGGUCAGUGUGGGCGUUCGGACCCGACAGCACCGGCCCUAACGUCUUGAUCGAUGACACGCUGCCGUCAGAAGUAAACAAGAAGGCGCUGCAUAGCAUCAAACACUCGAUCGUCCAAGGGUUUCAAUGGGGCUGUCGGGAAGGGCCGUUGUGCGACGAGCCCAUUCGCAACACCAAGUUCAAGAUCCUGCAUGCGUCCAUGGCGAAUGAACCGAUCCAUCGCGCGGGCGGGCAGAUCAUCCCGACCUCGCGCCGCGUCGUGUACUCAUCCUUCUUGACGGCCACCCCUCGUCUGCUGGAGCCCAUGUUUGCACUGGAAAUCCAGUGCCCGGCCGACACCGUGUCGACACUGUACCAAGUACUGACGCGCCGACGGGGCCACAUCACCCACGACGCCCCCAAGGCCGGGUCUCCCAUGUACACGGUGCGCGGCUUCUUGCCCGUGAUCGAAUCGUUUGGGUUUGAAACCGACUUGCGCGUGUUCACGCAAGGCCACGCGUUCUGCACACAAGCGUUUGACCACUGGGCGUUGGUUCCCGGGGAUCCAUUGGACACGACCAUCAUCUUGAGGCCGCUGGAGCCGUCGCCCGUGCAGGCAUUGGCCCGAGAGUUCAUGGUCAAGACGCGCCGCCGCAAGGGACUGAGCGAAGAGGUGAACGUGUCCAAGUUCUUUGACGACCCCAUGCUCCACGAACUCGCCAAACACGAUAUGAACGUGGAGAACCUCAUGUAGUAGUAGUAGUUAGGACACCAAAACUAACUCUGUUUCUCAUACUCUC